AAUUUUACGUAAUUUUAUUGUAUUUCAUUUCAUGUUCAACUAGUACAUUAUUCCGAAAAGUGGCCAUUUGGUGCUUAAUUUAUCACAAUAAAGCAAACAUGUUUGAGUCAGACGAUUAUGAUCAAGCACUUUCACAGCUUGACUUUCCCGAGGAACUGAACAUUGUAUCACCUGAAAAAGAAUCAACAAUAUCAAAUAAUCCAAACGAAACAAACACUCCUACUCCUGUAGCCAAGAACUCACAAAUUGCGUUUGAACGCCCCAAUAAUUAUGAAUAUCCAAAUAAGGAAAAUUUUGGCCACGCAAAUCCAUCCAAAAGAGUGUUAUUAGAUACUCAUUUUGAUCACAAACGUAAAAGAAAGUUCCCAGGACCAGCUGGUUUGUUAGCUGGAAAGUUAGAAAAGACUAAGGAGGAGUCCUAUUCGCAUAUUGAACUACUAUCACAGGAUGUAGAUUUUACACCCAAUAAUUUAUUUACUGAUGUACUAGAAACACCAUUGUGGAGAAGAUUAUUAGAGGAUACAAGAAAUCUAAAAGACAUCAACACAAUAAGUUCCAUAAAAGAACAGGGGUUUCAUAGUAAAUUGAGGAGUAAGAAAGCUAAUACAGUGAUAGCUGUCGUUGAAGCUAUAGACAGAUUUGGGACAGAUCCACUAAUAACAUUAAGCGACUCAACAGGUCAAAUAAAGUGUACACUACAUAGAGAUGCAUGGAAGUCAUUAUCAGUAUUUAUUGUAUCGCAAUACUGUGCAUUUGUGUUAUCCAGACCAACCAUAUUCACAACAGGGAACACAUUAAAAAAACAUUACCUCAAUAUCACAUUACGAAACAUUUCCAAAAUCUAUAGUUCCACAGUUAUAAGAGACAAAGACGAUUUACCAGAUGGAUUCGAAAUGAGCUGUGAAGAAUCUUUUACUAUUAUUUCAGCAACAGAUAGUGGCUCAGUUUCAAACAUAUCAUCCAACUUUGAAGAUGUAUGCUCUGAAUUAGAUGAUCUGGAAGGUGCAUUUACUGAAGAUAUGUGAUAUUGGUAAUUAUUACCUACUAUUACUUAUAAGAAAUUGGUUGUAAAUAAUAAAAGUUAUUUUUUUAAUUAUA